CACCAUAAAUGACUGAAUGAACCUCUAGCUAUAUAAUGUAGCUCUAGAUGCACUCAAUGGAGUACCAUAUAUGCUUUGGUCGAAGCUGCUUUCGUACCUUUCCCAUGGAUGCUAUUAUUUUUCACCUUCUUCUUCUUCUUACAUGUUUCCUCACCCACCCAAUUGCUCCGGUAGCUCAUAAAGCAACAACCCCAACCGCUCGGAUCACCGUCGUGGGAGCGGUUUAUUGUGAUACUUGUUCAAGCAACACAUUCUCAAGAAGCAGCUACUUUCUCCCAGGUGUGGAUGUUGUGAUACAAUGCAAGUUCAGAGGGAACUCGGCCAAAGCCUCAGAGGAUAUGAAUUUCUCAGUCAACAAAACCACAAACAAGUAUGGAGUUUACAAACUGGAAAUACCUUCUGUUGAUGGGGUCAACUGCUUAAGUGGUGUGUCAAUUAAGUCAAUGUGCCAAGCAAGUUUGAUAUGGAGCUCAUCCAAAAGUUGCAAUGUUCCUGGUUUACGAACCACAGCAGAUGAGAUUUCAGUCAAGUCAAAACAAGAUAACCUCUGUAUUUACAGCAUGAAUGCCUUGAGUUACAGGCCACCAAAGAAGAAUCUUACCCUAUGUGGAAAGAGGAAGGAAGAGGAAUCGGCAAGUUCUUUCAAUUCCUCCAAGUUUUUUCUCCCAUACUUUCCACCAUUCUAUCAAUUCCCAUGGCCUCCUUUGCCUCAAUUCCCUUUCCCUCCUCUUCCACCUCUACCAUCCUUGCCCCCAUUUCCAUCUUUUCCAUUCCCUCCAUCUUUGCCUUUCCCAUUUCCAAGUCUACCUCCUUUUCCAUCCCCAAAUCCUCUUGCCCCAAACACUCCACCUCCAUUUAAUUUAGGAGACCCAAGAACUUGGAUACCUUAUAUUCCUUCUGUCUUUCCUCCACCUCCUCCCCCACCAGGAUUCAAUCUCAGAGACCCCAGAACCUGGAUACCAUAUAUUCCUCCAUCCCCUCCCAAUAGGCCUCAAAACCAGAACCCAUAGUUUAAGUCUCACUGUCUGUACAACAACCAUGUUCAGUACAUUAUUAUAUAUCAUGGUGGAUUCAUGGGUAUAAAAAAGAGCUGUUUAUGUAUGAGAUGGAGAACAUAUACAUACAUAUAUAUAGCAAUUGCUACAUGUUUUACUUGUA